AUGGACGCCAAGCAAACUGCACUCAAGAUCAACUACAGAGGCGAACUCCACCGUCUCCGCGUCGACCUUACCUCGUUCUCUCUUGAGGCACUGACGGCGCUAUUCAGUGAGACGUUUAACCUGACGCCUGGCAGCUUUGUGGUGCAGUACACGGACGCAGAAGGUGACUGUUUGAAUGUGACGUCGCAGGCUGAGUAUGAAGAGGCCUGUCGCGUGUUUUUAACGGACGACAAGAGCUCCAAAUCGCUGCGUUUUGAGGCUGUGAGUCGUUCUGCUAUUGCGUUCCAGGAGAAUGUGGCAGACCCGAUUCUCAAGGCCAUUGAGAAGCUCGUGGAGACGUUGAAUGUCGCUAUGGAGAAGGUCAAGCGUGAGCCGUGGGCGGAGAAGGCGCAGCAGACGGCGCAGACAGGUCUGGACCAGACUAACGAGGUUCUCAAGACUGUGGCUUAUGACGCUCGCGAGUCGUUCCAUGCCGCGCGUCUGAGCAUCCAGGAGAUUCCUUUUGAUCAACUCAUGAAGGAGACGACGGAGGGCAUCAAGUGUGCUGCAGAGGGCCUCGGUGAGUUUGCCAAGGAGGUUGCGGGUGAGAUUAAAAACAUAAAGAUGCCACCUCUCCAGACCGAGGUCGCCCCUGCCCCGGUGUCGCACCAGCAACAGCAGACGGAAACUGGGGUCGUUGAAGAGCCUGCGGAGACUGUCGUGGAGCCUGCCGAGGUUCCUGUUGCCGCUAGUAGCGACAGUGAGUGGGAGCAAGUGAUGGAGCAGGAGCAGACGCCUGCUUCUGUGGAAGAGGCACCUGUCGUUGUUGAACCUGCUGCCCCCGUGUUAACGGAGGGCGAGAUCAAGUGGUCGGCGGAGCUCUCUAUGGUGCGCGACAUCUUUCCGGGCGUGGAGUCUGCUGUCUUGAUUGACCGUCUGGAGCAGUGCAACGGUAAUGUGCAGGUGGUGCUGAACGCAUUGAUGGAGGAGAUGUAG